AAAUCACCCAGGCUAGCUCACCACCGCUGCAGGGCUCAAAUUCAGAAGGGACGGUUCACCGGUCAGGAGAGAGAGAAGGAGUGUCUAUCCGGGAAAACAGCAGGAAAAGCACAACAAUAAUUCAACAGAAAUGCUCGCUCCAGGGCUGUCUGCCCGGAGCCGAGCUCUGGCACGACUACCGUGUGCCAGCCGUCUGGCCGAGUUCCUGACGGCCACGCCGCUCCGUUCCGCCCACGCGUUCUGCCAGCACCGCGCCCGGCCCGUCACCACCGCCAUUGCACUGCAUGACCGCUGGCCAGCCACGCCUUCUGCGCAAAUCCAGGCCAACGACACUGGCAUUUCCGCCGAUCUGCAUCGGCUGCGGGCAGCGAUAUCGGCAAAUGACCUGGCGUUGGCGGUGAAGUCCUACGAUACUGUGCGGCGACGAAUGUGCCCUGGAUCACUGGACACCGAGACGACCUAUGAGUUUUGCCGGUUACUGCGGCGGUCGGCAAAGGCAGCGCCUGAAGAGACGAAGCAGAAGCUCUUGCGGGUGGUUUUGCGGGUGGUUGCGGAUCAGCAAGAGGGCGUAGACGGGCGGGUCAUGGCCGAGGGCAUGGCGGCGCACAAUCUUCUGGGGCAGCCGGAGCAAGCACUGGCGAUGUGGCAGCAGGAGGGCCAUUGGCAGGCCGGUGUGCAGGCGGUGCAGGCGGCCGUGGCUAUGAAGGACCCGGCAAGGGUGCGCAGCGUGUACUAUAGGGCUUUAAAAGCCAUCAGAGAGGCCAACCAGACGCCAUCGUGCCGGGUUUUCCAGGCGCUAGUGUAUGCCAGUGUGCGGGCUGAGAGCGUGCCGAGUGGUGCCGAUCGCCGGUGGGACGCGGCGCGUCUGGGGGCGCUGUUUCUGAUGCAGGCGUAUGCGGAUGCCCGCGAUCUUGUGCCCGCCGCAAGCUCCACGCACUGCGUGCUGCUGCAAUAUGCUCUGCGGGCCAUGUUCCAGACCGGCCAGUGGCGCCGGGCUAUGCAAUUAUACAACGGUCUGAGUCCUGCCCAUGUGACCUCGCGGCUUGUCGCCGAGACUGUGCGCGGUCUGGGUCGGAACUCGCGCAUGGACGAGGCGUGUCAGGUUCUAAUGGAUGCGCCAGCGGAGCUGCAGACUGCCCAGGCAUGGAAUGCGUACCUGGGGGCCAUAGCUGAUCAGGACACGUGCAGGAUCCGGCCCGACGCAGCCACAACAACCAUCCGGAUGCGCGCUCUGCUGCGGGCGGGCGAAUGGCGGCAAGCCAUUGUCUGUUUUCGCCAGCUACCCUGCCCCGAUACCGUGGCCUGCGACGACAGUUCGGCCGCCCACCGGCGUGCCUGGGCGCUGGUGCAUUCGCUGGUGCCGGGUAAGAUCGACGCGCGCAUGGCUGACACUGUGCUUAAAUACGCCCUGUCGACAUCGCACGAUAUCCAGCCAGAUGUGCUUGCGCGGAUCCUGCCGUGGGCUCUGCAACACACCAGCUCUGACCGCAAGACCACGCAUGCCAUCGCCGUGAAUGCGUUUUUGCGCGCCGGUCGCCUGGACGACGCAUUGGCUGUCCACAAGGCCAUGCGCAUGCGCAAGCUGUGGCCAUCGCGAUCCAUCAACUGUAUGCUGACUGAAGCACUGGCUAAUGUGGAUCUGCUGCGCGCGGCUGAGUUCAUUGAAAUGCACGUGCCUGGGCACCACUGGGCGAGUUGCUACGCUGUGGUGCUGAAAUCGGCGUUGCAGCAAUGCGAUUACACAUAUAUGCGGUUAUUGCUGCGCAAGCAUUACCCGGCCGUGCAGCUUUCCGACAGCCGCGGUGCUCUGCCGUUUCCUACUGCAUCCAUGUAUCAUCGCGCACUGCAAGCAACGCAUGCCCAGGGCGCCUGGGAGGAGCACCGCCACAUACUGGCCAUGGUGCGCCAGCACCAGCAGCAGGCGCGCGAGGCGUUUCCGCAGCUGGCAGAGCGCCUGGCGCUGCUGGUGCACCAGUACCGCCAUGCGCUGAAAUCAUAGAAAUAGAACAGUUUAAUUUGUU